AGCUUCGCAGUGUUUGCAGUGGCAGCUGAUGGUCAAACCAAAGGAGAGGGGGUCUCCAUAAAAGAAUCUACUGUUCCUGCCUCAGUAACUUCAUUUCAGUGUGAUCCAGUGGACAAGGAGUCUAACCUAACACUCAAAUGGAUAUGUCCUAUUGGUAACAAUUCUGGCUUCAGUGUAAAAGUAUUUAAUGAUACAUGGGAAACAACCCAAGAGAUUCCACGAUGUACAGAAUACCAGGAAGAAACCUUCAAAAUAGGACCUUUCAAUUAUUUCACCACCUACAAUGUAAACAUUACAACCCUUUCAAAUUCAAAGGAGAGCGCCGCGGUGCACAUCAUAUGCAAGACUAGUAUUACUGACCCACCUGCUCCUCCUUAUGGUCCUUUAGUUGAGGCCAUCAGUCACACCUCCUUGUCUGUUAAAUUCUCAGAUUUUGCCUCUGUAAACGGACCAUUAAUAGCCUACGCAGUAAUCAUCGUAACGGAGGCAUCAGAAGGUUGUGGGUCUUCAAAGCCUGAAUUGAACAGCACAUACGGGGAUUUCAAGCAAAAGAAGACUACCACCUAUGUAACAUAUAUCGUAGAUGUAGGACAGGCAAAUCAGUCCUCUUUGCCUUCUGAAAUUAGGACAUUCACAGUUAAUGUAGGCACUGGAAACAAGGUGCAUGCCUAUGAAAACGGCCCUCUGAGUCCACUUCAUUCAUACAGGGCACGUGUGGCAGGUUUUACUAGCAUAAACUUUACUGCGAAUGGUGGGAUUGCGGGAGAAUGUAGUUAUGCAUCGUUUUCACCCUGUUCUGAGCAGGUUUUGUUACCUCAGGACCCAGGUGUCAUUGCUGGAGCUGUUAUCGGAUGCCUUUUAGCUAUCCUGGCUGUAGUUGCUGUAGGAGGUUACAUCUUCUGGAAAAGGAGAAGGAAAGAUAGAAGAAAUACUGAAAUGUCCUUUUCUCCAAUUAAAGUCAAGAAAUCCAAGUUGAUUAAAGUGGAAAACUUUGAGUCUUACUUCAAGAAGCAGCAGGCUGACUCCAACUGUGGCUUUGCUGAGGAGUAUGAGGAACUCAGGCCUGCUGGAGUUCAUCAGCCGAAAUUUGCUGCUGAACUUGCUGAAAACAGGGGGAAAAAUAGAUACAACAAUGUCUUGCCAUAUGAUAUUUCUCGUGUUAAACUGUCAGCCCAAAGCCAAGCAGCUGAUGAUUACAUUAAUGCAAACUAUAUGCCUGGUUAUACUUCAAAGAAGGCAUUUAUUGCAGCACAGGGUCCUUUACCCAAUACUAUAGAUGACUUCUGGCGUAUGAUUUGGGAAAAGAAUGUCUACUCUAUUGUCAUGUUGACAAAAUGCGUCGAGCAAGCCCGGACAAAAUGUGAGCAGUAUUGGCCAGACAAGCAAUCCAUGASUUACGGUGACAUUAUUGUGACGAUGGUCUCGGAGAUUGUCCUUCCGGAAUGGACAAUACGGGACUUCACUGUAGAAAAUGCUAACGUGUCGGAGAUUCACACGGUGCGGCAGUUCCACUUCACCUCGUGGCCGGAUCACGGAGUGCCAGAGACAACAGACCUGCUCAUCAACUUCAGGCACCUCGUUCAGGAAUACAACAGCCAAAAUCCUAUAGACUCUCCUGUGCUGGUGCACUGCAGUGCUGGUGUGGGAAGGACGGGCACUUUCAUUGCCAUCGACCGCCUGAUCCAGCAGAUGGAAAUGGAGAACACGGUGGACGUGUACGGCGUCGUGUAYGACCUCCGCAUGCACCGGCCUCUCAUGGUGCAAACCGAGGACCAGUAUGUCUUCCUAAACCAGUGCGUUAUGGAUAUAAUUAGAUCCCAGAAAGACAAAAAAGCAGAUCUUAUUUACCAAAACAUGACUGCAAUGGCAAUCUAUGAAAAUUUCACUCCCGGGCCAGGUUUUGGGAAGGCCAAUGGCUACCACGUGUAAAAUGGGAAGGACUCCGCUGUGUCCAGGAGGAGUUGUCUGCACAUAGGAAAGGGAACUGUUCCCCUCUUGUUUUCCAGGAUUGUCUCGUGUCUGGUUUCUUCCAGUUCUGUGCAACUGAUUUGAAGACGUGGUCUACAGGAGGCAAAAGCCAGUGCUGGCAGGAGCCCCAGGUCGAUACAAAAAGAAGCUAUUUAAAGUUAACAGAGGAAUUCUGCUUUUCUUGGGAAUUUAACCAGUACUGAAAGGUGGAAUAGCAUUUGCAGUACGGAUGGUGAACUAGAAGUUAAAUAUUAAAAUAAUAACACAAGCUUUUUAUUACAAUUUUAUAUGAUAUCCUUUACAGGCACCAAGCUUGUGGGCUGUUUUAAUAUAUUUAAUUAUAAGUUUCAGGAACCUAUUUUAUCUACUGUAUCUGGUUAUUUAGCUAAUAGAUAUGUGCCUCUGUUUUUUUUUCUGAGUGUUCCUUUUUAUUUGAGAAAAGGAGUACAAACACCACCUCCAAAUGGACAUUUAUACUUGGAAAUUGUGCCUUUUCUAGUUGCUACUCUAGAAAAAAAACAGCAGAGAUUCUAUUUUUGUACUGAAACUCUUACUGAGAACGCAGAUUUUUAAAUAAGGCUUAUGUCAAACUUAUAACUGUAGUUGCACUGUUGGCAGGACUGUCCAGAAGUUUGGAGGUGAGCUUUGGUUUUUUGCUUUUCACCACAAAUAUCCCCUGCCUUAAUGUCUUGGUGCCUCUGAGAGAGGAAAGGGAGUGUGGGGCAUCACUCCGAGCUUUAAUCCUAGGAAAACCACGAGCAAGUGAGUCUGUGUGCGUGUGCAGGGGUGUGUGUGUAGGAAGGACGGAAUAGCUCCUCCCUGUUCCUGGCUGAGACUCCUGUUUUUACACAGUUUAUAAUUAUUUAAAGGUGCAAUAUAUGAUUUACUGAAUAAUGAUUACUCUAUUCUGAUAGAGUUUUACUCAGGUUGGUGUCUUUUUAUCAUUAUUGUUGUUGUUCGUCAGAUGUGUAAAUCUGUGAAAAUGUUGAACUGAGAUUCCAAGUGUCCAAGCACUCCCAAACCGAUCGACUGGCUUUACUCUUUCUACCAAAACAAAUUGCACAAACUUCUGCUGUAAAUACCAAUUUCUUGGUGGUUUUGGCCAUUUGAAGCUGAGACACAUCUUACCUGACUGCAUCUCAUUGAUCUCAUGUAUUUGUUCUGUAACUAUUUGCAAUGUACUGCUGCUGCUGUGUGAACUGGUCCUUUUUCCAACGGAACAAAYGAGCAAAACCCUCGAUGCU